GUUGCCAUGCUGUCCUAGCUGGUGCGGAUAAGUCCGAAGAUAACCACUAGAAUCUAGAAUGAAGUGAGUUGUGCACCUUUUAGUGUUGGAUACUGUAACAUAUUGUUAUUAUGGCUUACAAAUCGCUAGGCUCCAUCACUGUGUCCGAUAUUGAAUCCCAUGGAAUUACAAGAGAAUCUGCUGCCACUCUCCACGAACGUCUCAAAGAAAUCAUUGGAGUCCAUGGAGCAGGCACCCCUGCCACGUGGCAGCACAUCAGCAGCAGCAUCCUCAACCCUGAACUCCCCUUCUCCUUCCAUCAAAUGUUGUACUAUGGUUGCUACAACGAUCACGGUCCCGACCCACCCGCUUGGAUACCCGACCCGGAAAGUGCUACUCUGACAAAUGUUGGGCAGUUACUAGAGAGGAGGGGUAAAGAGUUCCUCGGUUCGGCAUAUAAGGAUCCGAUUACAAGCUUUGAUGAUUUCCAGAAAUUUUCAGUCUCAAACCCUGAGGUAUAUUGGAAAACUGUGCUGGAUGAAAUGAACAUAUCAUUUUCCAAACCACCUGAGUGCAUCUUAUGUGAUAGCCUCCCAGGGGAAGAAGGCCUGUUAUCACACCCAAGUGGUCAGUGGCUUCAUGGAGCAUCUAUUAAUCCAGCACAGAAUUGCUUAAAUGUAAAUGGCAAAAGAAGUUUGAAUGAUACAGUAAUGAUAUGGCGUGAUGAACAACAUGGUGAUCUUUCUCUGCAAAGGAUGACACUGAAGGAAUUGCGUGAAGAAGUUUGGUUAGUUGCGUAUGCUGUCAAAUCUCUGGAUCUGGAGAAAGGAUCUGCAAUUGCAAUUGAUAUGCCAAUGCAUUUCAAUUCGGUGGUUAUCUACCUAGCUAUCAUUCUUGCAGGUUAUGUUGUUGUAUCGAUUGCUGAUAGUUUUGCAGCAAGUGAAAUAUCAACCAGGCUAAAAAUAUCAAAAGCAAAAUCCAUAUUUACUCAGGAUCUUAUUAUUCGUGGUGAAAAAAGCCUCCCCCUGUACAGUAGAAUUGUGGAUGCACAGUCACCUAUGGCAAUUGUUAUUCCUACCAGAGUAUCUGAGUUUAGCAUGAAACUGCGUGAUGGUGACCUUGCUUGGCAUGACUUCUUGGAGAGGGCCAACAGUCUGAAAGGCAAGGAAUUCAUAGCUACAGAACAACCAGUAGAAACAUAUACAAAUAUUCUCUUUUCUUCUGGAACAACAGGUGAUCCAAAGGCAAUUCCAUGGACCAAUAUUACUCCUUUAAAAGCUGCUGCAGAUGCAUGGUGCCACAUGGACAUUCGUAAAGGUGAUGUAGUUUCCUGGCCCACUAAUCUUGGAUGGAUGAUGGGACCAUGGCUAGUAUAUGCAUCAUUGCUAAAUGGAGCUUCAAUUGCUUUGUAUAAUGGAUCCCCUCUUGGUUCUGGCUUUGCUAGGUUUGUACAGGAUGCUAAAGUAACAAUGCUGGGUGUUAUUCCAAGUAUUGUACGGAGUUGGAGAAGUGCAAAUUCCACAUCUGGCUUUGAUUGGUCUGCUAUCCGUUGCUUUGGCUCCACUGGUGAAGCAUCUAAUGUAGAUGAAUACCUUUGGCUGAUGAGCAGAGCUCACUACAAGCCUAUCAUUGAAUAUUGUGGUGGUACAGAGAUUGGGGGUGGCUUUGUUUGUGGAUCACUGCUACAGGCUCAGUCUUUAGCUGCUUUUAGCACACCGGCUAUGUGCAGCAGUUUGUUUAUUCUUGGUGAUGAUGGCCAUCCUAUUCCACAAAAUGUUCCAGGAAUAGGUGAAUUGGCUCUUGGUCCCCUCAUGCUUGGAGCAUCAAAUACACUGCUUAAUUCUGACCAUUAUGGUGUCUAUUUCAAGGGAAUGCCUCUCUGGAAUGGAAAGGUUUUGCGGAGGCAUGGAGAUGUAUUUGAGCGUACUGCUAAAGGAUACUAUCAUGCACAUGGUCGUGCAGAUGAUACAAUGAACCUUGGGGGAAUCAAGGUGAGUUCAGUUGAGAUUGAACGAAUAUGCAAUGGAGCAGAUAGCAAUAUACUGGAAACCGCUGCAAUAGGGGUACCACCUUCUGGAGGUGGACCUGAGUUGUUGACUAUAGCUGUUGUAUUCAAGAAUUCAAAUAGCACAAAGGAAGAUUUGAACCGAUUGAGGACGUCUUUUAAUUCAGCUAUACAAAAGAAACUAAAUCCACUGUUCAGGGUUUCUCAAGUAGUACCUCUGCCAUCUCUUCCAAGGACAGCAUCAAACAAGGUUAUGAGAAGGGUUUUGCGGCAGCAGCUUAGUGAACAUAACCAAAGUUCUAAAAUAUAAGUUACGUCAUUAAAAUAUUGAAGAAUGGAUAUCCAAGAGUCGGGAUAGUACACAAUUACAAGAAUAUUAUUCUUCUUGGUACUAGAAAAAUAAAAUUUUCUGAUAAUAAUAAUAAUAAUAAUAAUUAUACUCUGAUUACAUGGAUGGUAAUAUAAAUAAUUCUUAUUUAUAUCAAUGUUUUUAAACUAAUUGUUAUAUUAAUGAUGACAUUCUAUGGUGGUUCUCAUGAAAGAUUAAAAAAAGUGAUUUUGGGCGAAACAGGCGGACGAAUGCUGAAAGACGAGAUUGCUCAUCUUGUAUUAAAAUGCAAGUGAUUUUCAAACCUUUGUUUGAAGAAAGUCUGUGUUCGUGAAAAAGAGAGAUGGUUGGCAUCUCCCUGACAGGGACGGGAAUAGCCUAAGGCUUUGUUGUUAACACAUCCUGUUAAUGCUAACUAUCCCUCGAAGGUGGAUCUCUAUAACCCAAUUUUAAAUAAUAAUAAUCCUGUUUUUUCAAACACCAGUGAGACAAUUGAAUAAUAAUGUCAUGAAAAUGGGGAUCAGAGAUAAUUAGUGUACUAUAAAAAGGUUAGUUGAGGGGUGAAAUGAAUGAUUGAACUUCAUCCCUAAAAGCUAUGCUUUAUUAUUAUUAUUAUUAUUAUUAUUUCUACAUGGAAUCUUAUAUAUUAUUUAAUGUGUCAAGUCAUUUAGUCG